AUUUUAUGUACGUUUUUCUUCCUUUUUUAAAUAUAUUUUGAUUGUAUACGUCUAAUCCAUAGUCAUGAAAUUAAACCAGUGAGUUUGUUUUGAGGGAAGCAAAAAUUAACUGUUGGGUUGAACAUUAAUAUGUUUUGGGGGCAAGAUAUAUCAGGCUGAUAUCAUUAAAAACACCGGUUUAACCCUUCACUCUGCCUCUGUAUUCCUAUCUCGGACCUAAGUUACACAGUCCGUUUAAUGAAGAAAAAUAUGGACAAGUUGUGUAACUUAAAAUAAAUAAAAACGGAGUGAAAUUAUUUUGAUUAUGUUUAAAUUAGUCGCUUGAGUGGAUUCACAAUUUUUAGACACUUUUAAACAUUGUCAAACUACAAUUCAAGAAUCUACCAGCUGGAAUAUUGAGGAUUUUUUUAAGUAUACGGUUAAAUUUGAAUCUAAAUAUUUGAUGUGAUGGUUGUCUUCAGCUUAUUUGCCAUCAGAAGUGAUAUUUCUGACUAUUACAUUUUACUGUUUCUUGUGAUUAGUUCAUCGCCACUAUCUGUAACCUGUUACCUGUGAAAUGGCACAAAAUAACAUGUUAUCAAAUGUUUUUUAAAUUAAAGAUUAAACAAAUAAAAUGACACAAAUAGCCAUUUUGUUUUGUAAGAUAAAGUUUUAAUUCUCUGCAUAAAUAUAUUUAGUUUAACUCCAUAAUUAAUGACAUUACAAAAAUUAAAAUGAAAUUUACAGAUGGCUAAGCUACAAUAGUGACUGACUAAUGGCUUGAAUGGAAAAUUAUUUAUAUGACAGAGAAUAAAACCCUCCAGGGGACUGAACUAGCUGACAACAGGAAAAAAGGAGAAAGAAAUGGAAAGAUGUCUCACCUGAGAAAACAGCCAAUCAAAUUUGACAAGGGGCGUUCCCAUGGGAGUAGAUAAAGCAGGUGUAACAGGUGACAUCUUGACAUAGAGCAAGGGCAAACGGACCAGAAAGAAGCCAAGAAGAGUAGCCUACGGUUUUUAAGUUCAGAGAGAAUCGCUCGGAUGAGCUGAAAAUCAAACGCGUUAUAAGGAGUGGGGGGAAAUCCUUUCGUGCACUGCUAAAUAUCACCCAAAGGAAGGACAACCAGAAGCAAACGCUUCAGAAGAGGCUGAGAGGUGAGAUGUCUUCUUUUGAGAGCCAGGGCCAGUCUCCUCCUCGGUGUGGCCCACAGUUUCCGAACGUGGGCCAGGAGCCCCCUGAGCUCAGCAUGUACGGUGACUGCUACUACCCUCCUCCCUCCUUACCGAGUCCUCAGCGUACCACUCCGACCUCAUACGACCUGAGCGACUACACCACCUCAUCGCCAAACCCUUACCUUUGGUUCAACAGCUCUGGCAUCAACACGUCGUCGUAUUUGUCUUCUCCUGGCCCGCCCGGCAACCCCGGCCCUCCCUUUGUGCCUCAACACUAUGGCAUGCAGAGGCCUUACCUGGGUCCAGCUGGACCUGGGGGUCCAGGAGGAGAGCUGAGCUGGUUCUCACUCCCCUCACAAGAAGAUCUUAUGAAGCUGGUCAGGCCUCCUUAUUCUUACUCUGCUCUCAUUGCCAUGGCUAUCCACGGAGCACCAGACAAGAGACUGACCCUGAGUCAGAUUUACCAGUAUGUCGCCGAUAACUUCCCUUUCUACAACAAGAGCAAAGCGGGCUGGCAGAACUCCAUCAGACACAACCUGUCACUCAAUGACUGCUUCAAGAAAGUGCCACGAGAUGAGGAUGAUCCAGGUAAAGGCAACUACUGGACACUUGACCCUAACUGCGAGAAGAUGUUCGACAACGGAAACUUCCGCCGCAAAAGAAAAAGAAAGUCUGAUUCUCUCGCUGGUGGUGAUGGCAGCUCGGGGGCUCCAGAGUCAGGAGACAGCGAGCGAGGCAGCCCCAAACACCCUGCCCUCAACAUGUCUCCAACAGCGGACAGAAUUCCCUCCCCCUCUCUGUCAGGCUCCACACCGUGUCUCAGCAGCUUCUUGUCUGAGAUGUCCACAGUUUCUACAGGAGGAUCAAAUGAGGUGGGAGGUGAUGGGUUGAGCAGGCCGCUUCAGAUCAACCUUCCUUUAGAUGGGCCUCACAGAUCCACACAGCCAGGAAGCUUCAGCAACUACUCCCCCAACUCAGGUGUCCCGGAGUGGGUACCACAAAUGCUGACUCCACCUGCGCACUCCUCUUCACCCACCCAUUCAUCUCUAAGUUACUCAAGCCCCAUCGUGAGCCAGUACAGUGGCUCCAGUGGGCAUUUCUACCCUGCACUCGGCUCUACGGGAAUCAUCUACCAUCGAGAGGGCACAGAGGUCUAAAAACGGGGAGAGGGGAUAUGUUUAGAAAGACUGUUGAAAGUAAACAUUUAAUGUCUGGUGUUACUUUAUUUUAAGAGGUGUUGUGCUGUGAAAGACAAUACACAAAGAUGGGGAAAAAGUACGUUUGCGCUGACAGAGACAGUUGAGAUCACCGUAGCGUGUGACAGUCGAGUAAAGCUCCUCCAAUUCCCACAGAAACCGCUGAGUCAGGCCUCCGAUCAGCAGCCACUGAGACUGUUUUAGCCUCGCUUUCAGAUCCUUGUCAGCUUUUAUUUCAACUUAAGCUAGCCUCUAUCAGAUCUGACUCAAUAUUAACCGAAGCUAAGAGCCAUCUGCUGACACCACACGGCUAUGCGUGAUUGAUGGUAUCGCCCUUUCAGCGCACAGGCAGCACAUUCAGAGGUAGUUAAAUUUCACUGUUGUUGUCAACAUGGCCACUUCUCUAUAAAGUAUACACCUAAAAAGUAUACAUGGUAUGGUAGUGCUACAUUAAAAUAAUGGGAUUAUUUUACAGUCUGGGAGUGUAAUAUACAGGUGGUAAAUGUAUAUAAAUUCAUGUUUUGUGGUUUGUUAUGCAUGAUUGUUGGUUUGUUGGCUCAACUUUCCAUGUCAUUAAUGAAUUUGUAAGGCGUGCUUCAUGCUGUUAUGUCGUGUUUUUGAUAUUAAUAAAAAGUUUUAGGAUUACA